AUGCAAAUAUUCGUGAAAACCCUAACAGGAAAGACAAUCACACUAGAGGUCGAGCCAUCGGAUAGUAUUGAGAAUGUAAAGGCAAAGAUACAGGACAAAGAAGGGAUACCGCCAGAUCAGCAGAGGCUUAUUUUUGCAGGCAAGCAGCUAGAGGAUGGAAGAACCUUGUCUGACUACAACAUCCAAAAGGAAUCUACUCUCCACUUGGUCCUUAGGCUGAGAGGAGGAUAUUAA